CUGCUACUUGCUGGUUUCGAAGCUCUCUGUCUACUACUGUCGACGAUGCCGUUUUAUCCUGCGUACUCGUACAACCCCUUCCCACGUGUUAUGGGGCUCAUGCCUCCGAGGAAGCCGUUCGUAAAGCCUAGAGCUUCCACUGGCAGUGCCAUCGUCAGGAUGGCGUUGCCGGCCUUCCACCCCACCCCAACCUCUCCUAUCGACAUCGGACCUGCUGCGCUUCCUGCCCUCUCUACUCAGUCUUCUGAUGACGACGAAUCUUUCUCCUCGGAGAGAGACAUGUCCCCCUCCGUCCUCACGGACUAUGAGGACAGCGACCUCGACAACACCGAGUCGCUCCCGCACUACGUCAGGGCCGAGGCUAGUGCAACAGAGGUCACCGCCGCAGAGAAGCUGAUCUGGUACCUCCUCCAUAAGGCCGGACAGCUCAAGAACCGGCAUCUCCGUGAAAGCGUCACGGAGUUCCUCGAGCACAUCCUGAAGGCGAAGCACUACUUCGGGAUCGUCGGCUCAAAGGAGAAGGCUGCCUAUGUUGUUGCCUACGUGGCAACAGCAUUUGAAAACGACGAUGAGGAUGAAGAGAUGGAAGCAACUGAGGAAGAGGUGGAGCUCUCUCCCCACCGAAACCUUUCACCGGCCGAAUUGUGCACGAUCUAUGCACAGGCGGAAGAUCUCGACUACAACCGGUGCCCUCUUAAGACUGCAACACCCAUCAUCGCCGGCCAUCAAGCUGAAACCGGCAUUGCAUUGCAGAUGAAGGAUGGUGCCCCAAUCAAGACCGUGCUCCAGGCUGCCCCGCUCACCCUGUCCCUCAUCGUCGAAACACCAGUCAAGGCCACCGCUAGCAUGACGAUGCAUGCCAGCUGCAAGCGCUCCAACAUCGCCGAUCUGAACGACCUCGUCGCCCAGCUCCGUGACAUGAGCCUCGAGCGCUCCGUCACGGACAUCUUGCACGACUUCCAUGCCAUGCUCGACGACAUCAUCCACCCUGUCCCUGCGGCCUUCACCCCUCCCACACCCUCUUCUCCCAAACGUACCCCUGAGGAAUUCUCCUCUGGUGACGAGGGAGAUGAUGAGGACAGCCAAGCCCGUCAUCGGACCAAGCGCGCCAGGAAGAGUCUUCCCGACGAUUCCUCGGAGGAAGAAGACAGCAGCGACAGGGACAGCAAACCCGCCCGUCGUACGAUUCGUGCUCACCGAACGAUCAAGCGUUCACCUCAUCGCACACAGUUUGGCCGUGCACUGUGAGCACGGCACGACGCUGCCUUGGCCCUAGUGGUCGGGGCGGCACUAGACUAUUUAUUAACUGUUCACCUUGCUGUACGACAAGAUCUCGUCAGGAACCAAAGGCACAGCUCUUAUAUAUGCUGGCAAACCAAAUGGCAGGUCGCUCUGCGCCUCAUCGAGGUCUUGCCAGCUGUGCAACAUGGUCUCCAUCGCAUUGUGGUCAACUAUCAUCAAUCGCGUUCGAUAUGGGCUGGGAAAGAGGAGAUUUGCAGGCCGGCCCCCUUGGUGGUUGGGGAAUUGAGGCGUCACACGUCUCUCUUCUUUGUUUCUCUUCAGUCCUCAUCCCAUCCACUGCCGUUUGUUCCUUAGCAGCGGCUGUAUCCCCUUCUCUUUCUCUUUCUCCUCUUCUCUUUCCUUUCCAUUUCUCUUUCUUGCCGCCUCAGCCGCUGCAAGGCUAGCUCAGAUGAAGAGCUACCUAGCGCGUUAAGCGACCUUUCUGCGUUGUUCCAACUGCCCUCAGUCACUCUGUUGGCACGUUUACUUUGUGUUCCAUCCUGUUUCCUGAUUUCAUCUCUGCUUCACAAUGUCUCAUUGUCUAAUGUAUCCGAGCUUUGCCUCUGGGCAUUGCACGGCUAGUACAAGUAGAUAUAGAAUUGACGUUUCUCUUCCCACACCACCCUACUCAUUUGACAACGCUGUGCAAGCUUCGCACCGGUAGAGCUCAUGACCACAGAGAUAAGUUCACUGUUACCGAGCUCUAACCUCGGAGAUAUGCAGGAAAGAAUUUCCAAAAACAAAUACUGAUCCUGAGCCAGCACUGAAAGGGGCGACAUUCGGGCACUCUGAUCCUCAUCAGGUUUCUCCUAGACUGCACUGUCGACUUCCACGCAUCGGAUGGAAAGGACAUGGCUGCCAGUGACAUCAGGGAUAAUAGGUCGAACGUUUGAGCAACAGACAACUGUCGUCCAAUCCAAGGAGAGUGGUCUGAACGAUCAAGAGCCGGAGGUGCGGUACAUUGAACGGUAAAGCGGAGCACAGAUCGGUAUAUCGCGUGCCGAUCGUACUUCAUGCAAUUGGUUUUGCAUCUCGGUACAACAUCACCCACCAAAAUCUGAUGCGAGUCCAGGGUGAAGCGCGUACCCCGAUCCCCGGAUUGAACGGAACAGGAUCGCACUUUCUCAACACUCCUUCGGAAGUUCAUUAUCACUAGCUGAGCCGCGGACAUCGAUGGGAAAAUUACAAAUGAAUGACAGCAGCAUGAGGACAUCGUCGUGAUUUGGCUUCUGGUUCGUGCUGGGGUAUUUAAUCGCUCGAAAAUUGCAGCUGUCGAA